GACGCAGCAGCUCCCCUGGCUCCAGGCGGGACACCGGCGAAGGAUGCUCUGAUCCUGGCUUGGCUGCGGCCAUCCUCGUGCCUUUGGGGCUUGGAGGAGGGGCUGGGGUCUGUCCCCCGCCCCGCCUGCAGAGGCAGCUGAAGUCGGGAUGAGCUGGGAUCCCCGUGGCUCGCCUGCGGUGGGAACCCCUUUAGGCUGCCCUCGCUCCCGUGCCUAGAGCCCCUAUCUGUCCUGCGCCCUCGCCAGCCUUAGGCGAAGUGAAUGGCCCCCGGUGGGUGUGCACCGCAUCACUGGCUCUGCAAGGGGACAAUGCUAGCCGGGGGGGUGCUGGUCGGCUUCUCCGUGCUCAGCCUCCUCACCUACGGCUACCUGUCCUGGGACACCCUUGGAUCUAGCCUGGAGGAAACAGAGACUUCAAGGGCCAAGCUUGGAGAGGAGCCAGAGGCCACCGCAGCCACCUCUCAGCCUCACAUCGUUUUCAUCCUGGCCGACGAUCAGGGAUUCAGAGAUGUAGGGUACCACGGGUCAGAGAUCAGGACACCAACUCUGGACAGGCUGGCAGCUGAAGGGGUUAAACUGGAGAAUUACUAUGUUCAGCCUAUGUGCACGCCUUCCAGAAGCCAAUUUAUCACAGGAAAAUACCAGAUACACACAGGCCUUCAGCAUUCUGUCAUAAGGCCUACCCAGCCUAACUGUUUACCUCUAGAUAAUGUGACUCUACCUCAGAAGCUGAAGGAGGUUGGCUACUCAACACACAUGGUUGGCAAAUGGCACUUGGGGUUUUACCGUAAAGAAUGCAUGCCGACACAAAGAGGAUUUGAUUCUUUUUUUGGUUCACUCUUGGGCAGUGGGGAUUAUUACACUCACUACAAAUGUGACAGCCCUGGGAUAUGUGGCUAUGACCUAUAUGAGAAUGACAAUGCAGCUUGGGAUCAUGACAAUGGCAUAUAUUCAACACAGAUGUACACACAAAAAGUACAACAAAUCUUAGCCUCUCAUAAUCCCAAGACCCCAAUAUUUUUAUAUAUUGCUUACCAAGCUGUUCACUCUCCACUACAGGCACCAGGCAAGUAUUUUGAACAUUACAGAUCAAUCAAUAAUAUAAACAGGCGGAGAUAUGCUGCCAUGCUGGCCUGUUUGGAUGAAGCCAUCAACAAUGUGACCCUUGCUUUAAAGAGGUAUGGUUACUAUGACAACAGCAUUCUCAUCUACUCUUCAGAUAACGGUGGGCAACCCACGGCUGGAGGAAGUAACUGGCCUCUCAGAGGAAGCAAAGGGUCAUAUUGGGAGGGGGGAAUCCGUGCUGUUGGCUUUGUCCAUAGCCCCCUUCUGAAAAACAAAGGGUCUGUGUGUAAGGAGCUUGUGCACAUCACAGACUGGUUCCCCACUUUGAUCACAUUGGCAGAAGGGCAGAUUGAUGAGGACAUCCAGUUAGAUGGCUAUGAUAUAUGGGAGACCAUAAGUGAAGGCAGACGUUCCCCAAGGGUGGACAUUUUACACAAUAUUGACCCCAUUUACACCAAAGCCAAAAAUGGCUCAUGGGCAGCAGGCUUUGGGAUCUGGAACACAGCAAUUCAGUCAGCAAUCAGAGUAAACCACUGGAAACUACUGACAGGAAAUCCUGGAUACAGUGACUGGGUCCCUCCUCAAUCUUUUAGCAACGUUGGCCCCAAUCGCUGGCAUAACGAACGAGUUUCUUGGAUGGCUGGCAAAACAGUGUGGCUUUUUAACAUAACUGCAGACCCAUAUGAACGAGUGGACCUUUCUGGUAAGUAUCCGGAUAUGGUGAAGCAGUUGUUGAGGAGACUUUCACAGUUCAAUAAGACUGCAGUUCCUGUUCGGUACCCAGCUAAAGACCCUAGAAGUAACCCUAAACUCAAUGGAGGAGUCUGGGGCCCAUGGUUUAAGGAGGAUGAGAAGAAAAAGAAGCCAGGUAAAAUUAAGGGAGAGAAUAAGCAAAAGAAGAACAAGAAAAAAACAAGUCAGAAAAAGGGACAGUCCUUACAUUGCCGUUUGCACCUUGCUGGUGGAUAGGAUCAACUACUGUCAUUGCAUAAACCUAACUCAGUCUACUCCAACUUUCGGGAGCUCCUGACAUUCCACCAGAGUAGAAAUACCAGCUCUGGUAUUUGAAAAAUACCAGAAUGAAAAAUCUCCCAUUCUGGUUUGUUCUCACGUUAUACCAGCAUAAGUUAUCCUGACACUCUACCUGAAGAAUAUAUAAAUGCCCAUGUGGCAAACGUUCUUUUCAGCACAAAUGUGUUCCCAUCAUAGCUACAUUCCAUAUAACAAUGGAAAUAACUCUGUUCCAGUAUUUCUCUGUUUGAAGGAUACUUGGUGGGGUGAUUCCAUGCCCAAUCUAGACUGUAUAUUUCAAUAAUGGUAUGGAAAAGUUACUGGUAUUUCCCAAACAGAUAAAGAUUAUCUAUAGAGAGAAGUAAAACCCAAAAUCGGACUCUCAUUUUAGGUUACAUUGGGUUGUAGUCACCAUGUUGUGAUUUUUUUUUUAAAUUAAGCACAGCAAAAGUUUAAGCCCCCUAAUAGUCUAUAUACUUUUUUUAAAAGCUGCUUUUAAUUAAAUUAUGUCUGUCUUGCAUAAAUGGGAGAUUAUUUUUUUUUGUGUUAGGUUACACUGCUUUCCAUUAAAAACAGAAGCACACACAAGAAUCAGUUAGUGCAUGUCUCAGAUUAUUUACCAUAGGGAUAGGCAGAGAUGUAGUCUUUGAGAACACCACCAAAACAACUGUAAUGUUUAUUCACUUUAAGUUAACUCUGCUACAGUCAGGGCCAGCUCCAGGCACCAGCGCAGCAAGCAGGUGCUUGGGGCGGCCCAGGGGAAGGGGUGGCACGUCCGGCUCUUUGGUGGCAAUUCAGCGGCGGGUCCCUUGGUCCCUCUCGAAGGGAAGGACCUGCCGCCAAAGUGCUGCCGAUUGCAAGCGUGGCUUUUUUUUUCCCCCUCCCCUGCCGCUUGGGGCGGCAAAAACCCUGGAGCCGGCCCUGGCUACAGUACAUAAAAACAUAAUUUAUUUUACAACACAAGUCAAUUACUUCACGUGUAUUAAAGCUUUCACAGUGGGUGAUGCAAGCCACCUUUGUUUUAUUUGAUUUUAUUUGCUCUAUCAUUAGGGGUUUUAUUUUACAUAUCCAAAUCUGCAUAGUACUGUAAAAACACAAAUUACUGUAAAUACUGCUAAGAUGAAAAAGAAGAGUGAUUCAGGUACAUCAUUUCAUUAUGUAUUUGCCUCCAAUUAAUUUGAAUGUAUCAAAGUGAUUAUUUGACUCAGUAGUCACUUGAAAUAUUGUUGUUCAGUUUCUGUAUGGAAGCUUUAUGUUUUUUU